AUGUCCCCGGAGUCCAAAAAGCUUUUCAACAUCAUUAUUUUAGGAGUUGCCUUUAUGUUUAUGUUCACCGCCUUUCAAACUUGUGGGAAUGUGGCGCAAACGGUCAUCAGGAGCUUAAACAGCACGGAUUUUCAUGGCAGUGGAUAUACCAGCAUGGCGAUUAUUUACGGCGUGUUCUCGGCUUCAAAUUUGAUAACGCCGUCUGUGGUUGCCAUCGUAGGACCCCAGCUCUCAAUGUUUGCAAGUGGCUUAUUCUAUAGCAUGUACAUUGCCGUUUUUAUCCAGCCUUUCCCUUGGUCCUUCUACACGGCCUCCGUCUUCAUCGGAAUCGCAGCUGCUGUGCUUUGGACAGCCCAGGGGAACUGCCUGACCAUCAACUCAGAUGAACACACGAUUGGCAGGAACAGUGGCAUUUUCUGGGCACUCUUACAGUCAAGCUUGUUCUUUGGGAAUCUCUACAUAUAUUUCGCCUGGCAAGGGAAGACACAGAUCUCAGAGAGCGACCGGAGGACCGUGUUCAUUGCCCUGACUGUCAUCAGUCUGGUGGGGACCGUUCUGUUAUUUCUCAUUAGGAAACCAGAUUCCGAAAAUGUCCUGGGAGAAGAUGAAUCUUCCGAUGACCAGGAUCUGGAAAUCAAUGAGUCGGCUCAGAGCAACGUGACAAAGGCAGUCGAUGCGUUCAAAAAGUCUCUUAAGCUGUGUGUCACCAAGGAGAUGCUGCUCCUGAGCGCCACCACGGCGUACACAGGUCUGGAGUUGACUUUCUUCACUGGGGUCUACGGAACCUGCAUUGGUGCUGUCAACAAAUUUGGGACAGAGGAGAAGAGCCUCAUUGGACUCUCUGGCAUUUUCAUCGGCAUUGGAGAAAUCUUAGGAGGAAGCCUCUUCGGCCUUCUGAGCAAGAACCAUCGCUGUGGCCGAAAUCCGGUUGUGCUGUUGGGCCUCCUGGUGCACUUUGUGGCCUUUUACUUGAUAUUUCUCAACAUCCCCGGGGAUGCGCCCAUUGCGCCCGUCCAAGGGACUGACAGCAGCGCUUACAUCACGCCCAGCAAAGAAGUGGCCAUCCUGUGCAGCUUCCUGCUGGGCCUCGGGGACAGCUGCUUCAACACGCAGCUACUCAGCAUCCUGGGCUUCCUCUACGCUGAAGACAGUGCUCCGGCCUUCGCCGUCUUCAAGUUCGUCCAGUCCAUCUGCGCGGCCGUGGCGUUCUUCUACAGCAACUAUCUCCUGCUGCACUGGCAGCUGCUGCUCAUGGUGCUCUGCGGGUUUUUUGGAGCAGUCUCGUUCUUCACCGUGGAGUGGGAAGCCGCUGCCAUUGUGGCCCGGGGUUCGGACUACCGGAGUAUCUGA